CAGAUACGAUCAGUGGAAGCCAGAUAGAGCUAGGGGGGGAUAGGGAUAUAGGGCCGAGGUAGGGGGGCGUCUCUCAGCCCUGGCCCUCGUGAACACCUCAGUUCCUCAGCAGUUUUGGUUAAGGCAACACUAACUGUGGCCGACUACAUCGUGAACGCUGUUGUUUGACCUGAGAUGAGGAUGCUGUCUCACAGACUGAAGAUAAUACUGAUACUUCUGCUGGUACAGGCGACAGUGUGGGUGCUCUCCUCCACUUCCCCUGGCAGCAGGGCCCAUCACUUCACUCACCCUGGCACCAGGGGGCGUCAUGUCGGUAUGGGUGGCCCCAGUAGGGCCAUGGACCCCCGUAAGAGCCGAAACACCAGGCAGAGAGCGGAUCUCAACGCUAAAAUGGAACUCUACAGGCAGAGGUUCAAGGAUGAUGAAGGAUGUGUCCAGCAUCCGUCCCCACCAAACUCUCCAACGCUGCCGACGGUGCCAGACUCGUUCAUUACGGAGCUGGAGAUCUCCUUCCUUAACACUGAGUUACAGUACGUUAUGUAUGGACAAGAAAUGUACAAUGGAAUCGAGCAGCGUGGAGUACUUGAUUACUAUUUAGCGGAAGGAAUGAUUGAACAUCGUCCAUUUCUGCUGGCUGAGUUGAUGCAUUACAACAUCCUCCUGGACGAAGCUCUCUUUAUCAUCACCAACGAUGGAUGUGAGGCUGUUGGUCUCCAGGACUGUGACACAACUACCGCUUGUGUUGCUGGUAGUAUUGACGACCUCAACACCGAGAUUCAGCAGUUGUUUGGGAUCGUGUCCAUACCAGGGGAACACGGCUUCAUGGGGGCUGCCGGUCUGCUGGAAUUCGGUUCGCAGUUCAACUACUCUGCUCGACCUGUCGUUGACCAGUGCCAUGGCCUCAAUUGUUACGUUUUCGAAACCUGUUUGAACGACCCGGCAGAGGACGCCGAGGUUCUCUACGUCUACUAUUGGUCUACCGAGGACUGGAACGUACGUAACGAUGGUAAACAAGUGCCCAUUGCGGUGGAGAUGUAUGCUACGGGCAAGUACAACGGUGCCUCCGUCCAGGAGGUCAUGGUACGUUAUGACUUCUUUGACUUCAGACGAGACUGGGUGCCAUCACGAGACGAACUGGAGCCUCCGGCUAAUGUUUACUGCGCUGGCCGGAAGACUUACAUAGACCCUCCCCAGGCAGUUCCCUUCUUCUUCUACAACACAGAAGUAGUGGUUAGUGUGGAUAUUGCCUUCCCAGACGGUGAUAACCAGACCACACCUUUCAAGUUCAGCCUCCUCUACCCCACGAAGGUGUGGUAUGACUGGACGAUGAAAAUCACCAAGAAAGAGUUUGUUCCCAUCACCGUCUUCAACAGCACAAGACGUUAUGAGAACUACACCACCGUCAUCCAUGAGUUUAACCAAGGUCUCGCCUACGUCAUAAGGAAGAGACUCAGCUUCUGCUCCGUCAACAAGAUUGAGAACAACAUCACCUGGGCGGACGUCAAGGUUGAUUCUGACGGCACCGUCUCCAUGCAGAGUCCUUGGAACUUCGAGGAGAUGGACCAGGAAAUGCAGUACAACGGCGCUCACUGGGAGCGAGGUAUGAGAGCUGACGUCUGGGUUGGUAUUAAGAAGAACCAACUAUUCAAAAUUAACGAAACCUACGUCUGGUAUUUCGCCUCUCCUAUGACCAGUGACUUGCAGGGGUCGGCGCCCACAGUGCCUGUCAUUACCACUACUGACAAGGUCCCCAUUAAGCUGGAGAGAUAUAUGACAGAGCUGGCAGAAUUGCCACACCUAUCGUACAACUUCUACGGGUACGACAGCCAGGUGCCCACCACACACCACCACGACAUAUCUCCCUGCUACAGCUCCGACCACAUGCGUCACUUCCAGUUCGCCAUGCCACCAGACACACUGAACAAGACCUUGUACAAGAGGGAGAAUGUCAUGUAUGCUCUGGUAGAAGCCCUCAGUGCCACAGGGAAGGUCACCCCUCUCAGGAUCAACCGGAUGGAGAUCAAGGAACUGCAGUCAGAGCUGCAGGUGUUGUUCACGUUGUUGGAGAAGCCCACGGUGGCUGGGGACCCAGAGUUCCCCAUCUCUGAGAAUACCAUGAAUCAGGCGGCAGAUCUCAUCCAGAAGACUAUAGAUAAGUCGCAGCUGGUUGCCGUCGUCCAGAUCACCAGCGGACUAGAGCCACAGAUGGUGCAGGUGGUGGCGAUGCCAGGGACGCUGAAGGAGGUACAGCGGGACGACGGACACACACGUGGUACCAACAUCCUCACAGGAUACUCCCCAGGUGAUAUGGCUGGGCUGGCUAUUGGUAUGCUCAUUCUGGGCGGCAUUGUGGGCUACGCUGGUAUCUACAUCUACGCCUCCAAAAAGUAGAUAUUGGAAUUAGAUACUUCAGACUUCAGGAUAAUUCAGUACAUCUACAAGCGGACUACCACAGAGCGUAGCCAACCUGUUACAAGUUUCCACCUUCAAGAAAAUCUAUCGUCUACUAGCAGUCUACUCAGACAGCCGGUAGACAAUCAGCCAAAAGUCUACACUUUCAGUCUAAUAGAUCUUCCACUAGAAGUUUACUCUAGGGAAAAAAAUGUAAUGUCUAUUUGUCCAGAUAACAGAUCGAUUAACAAUCUGGUUUACAAGUCACAGGGAACAGAAAUCUUCAGUCCAAGAUCUUUCGCGUCUCCGUGUGCGUCAUCAGGAGCUAUGCAGUGUCGCAUAUAUUUUAUAUAAUAAAGUAUAUUAAUAUCGAUAUGUAUGAUAAUGUAAAUGCAGUAAAUGUGUAUAAUAGAAAUUUUAA